GCAGCAUCCCAUGGCAAGCAGUGGCCCUGCGGCUGGGCUUGCUGCGCUGGCGGCGACGUCCGCGGAUCGCGCUGUGCGAGCGUACGAGCUGCUCGCCCCGAACGGCGCAACAUACACGGACUCUGCGACGAUCGUCUCCGCCGCAGUCACUGGCAUUGCGCCGGGCGGAGGUCCUCGUGGUGCAACUGGCCCAAACCCAGCCGGAGCGAGCGUCGCCCGGUCGCAGUCCGACCAACGCAAACGCAGUUCGGGUUUCUUUGAAGCAGCUCGAAAUGUUGUCAAGUCGUCCAGCUCGGCAUCGUCGUCGUCGUCGUCGUCGUCGUCGUCAUCGUCAUCGUCAUCGGCAAGCACGACCCAGACUCAAGCUCAAGCAUCCGCUAGUAGGACUCGCGCAGAACGGGCUGCUGCUUGCAAGACGCUCUGCGAACUCGCCAUCGCGGCACCUCAGAAAGCUCCGAACGAUUUCCCAAAGAUUCUCGCAGUUGCUGUCGCAGGUCUCAUGCAUGGUUUGAAUGAUGCGGAAACGGAUGUGCGCACAGCCGCCGAUGAAAGUUUGAAUCGCAUCAUCAAGUCGGUGAUGGACUUUCACCUUGCUCGCGUUCAGGUGGAAAUCUUCAAGGAGGUCAAGAAUUUCAACGCCCCAUCUCGGUCACUACGCACCGCCCUCACAAAGUUUGCCGACCUCGCGCAUCUCAUCAAGCCCUCCAAGCACAAAAUGUUUGUGACUUCGCUGUUGCCAGCGCUGACGCGUGUGAUCCAGCGCAACGAUGAGGCCGUUCAGGAAACGCUGGCCGCUUGCAUUCAAAAGCUGCUGUUUGUGUUUGCGCCCCAUCUCGCUCAGGCAGACAUGUCGGCAUUGGUAGAGCUGUUCAUGUACAGCAUUGGCGGCCCUUCCUCUGUCAUUCGACGCACUGCAGCAAUUUCGAUCGCCUGUCUGUGUCGCAACGCCAAAAGCCCCGGCGCCCUCAUUCACGACACCGUCAAGGCCCUGCUAGACUUUCCAUUCAAACCUCGCGUUUCCGCCAACGCACCGGCUGUCGACGAUGCGAUUGGCUUGCCGAACCGAAUUCUGGGACUCCUGCUCGGUUUGCGGUAUGUGCUGACCGUGGCUGCCGACAUUAAUGUCGCUGCAGACGCGCUGCGUGGCGGCCUGGGCCCGCGGUUGACUGCGCUGAUUCUCGCCUGCCUCGUGCACCCCAACCAUAAUAUCGUCACGUCCACGCUGGAACUGUUGCAGACAUUGCUUCGAAUCACACCGCACGACAUGUUUGGAGCCGUCUUUUUCGCUGCUGGGAGCAACCCGCUUGUGCCGCCGCCCACCGAAUCAGCCAAGAGCGCCCCCGUGUCUGCGAGCGAGUCCUCCGCUGGCCCCACGACCACCACCGGUGAAGUUCGAGUUGUUGGACUGCCUGCCUUGCUGAAGAUUGUCUGCCGAAUUUGCUCCUUCCUCAUUGGCGACCCGGCCACUCUCAAGCCCAUCCGAAUCUCUGUGCGCUCGCUGGCCCUGUCCGCUUUGGCCCAGGUGGUUCUUGUCGAUCCGUCUGUGUUUUACACGCGGCUUUCUGUCCAAACAUUGCCACUGCCGUUGCCCAAAGGCGCCGCCCCUGCACCUCCCGCAUCGCCCGCUCCGGAGGCGGGUGCGUCCGAGCUGACCCACGACUGCUACGUGUACCAGGUGCUCUGCUAUCUGACCCAUAGCGACCCGUUGCUCCGCGGUCAUGUGUGUCUCAUCUUGGGCUCCUUUAUCAGCUCGACGCUGCGCCAGGGCGGUUUUGUCAUUGCUCAUAGCUUUGGGCUCGUCACCCUUCCCACUCCGACACCGGAAAAUGAGGAACGAUAUGCAGCCGAUCCUGCAUUGCGCGCGUCGCACCAACGCAAGUACCUCCUGCAGCAAGAACUCAAGCAGCAGCAACAAGAGCCGCAGCUCCAGCGAAUGCUUGCAUCUGGAGCGCACCAUGCUGCGCUCGCGUCUCUCUUGCAUGACACUUUUCCGCGGCCGACAUUCCGCUCGUUGUGCGAUUUGCUCGUCUUGUUGCUGAGCGACGCAUCCUCGACCGUUCGCCGCCUCGCAUGCAGCGCCAUUGACCAAUGUCUUCCGUCAAUCCUGUCAUGCUCGGCCGGCGUCAUUGGCUUGGACAUGCUGCACGCGGUCUGUGCUCUUCGGAACGAUGCGUACUGGUUGGUCAAGGUGGACUUGAUCUCGGUUCUCGCCAGCCUCGACUGGAAGGUUGUCGCAUGCCUCGAGGACAAGAUCAAAGACAUGCACCACUUGUCCGAGACAACACCGGGCGCCAGGGCUGGCGAAUCGGUGGCUGGUAUCGACACCCAGGCCGACGGUAACAGCGUGGACACGCCAUAUUUGCUGGCCCUCGGUGUGCGCGCCAAGUAUCCUGGCCUGCCAAACUACCAAGCUGACGCACUCGAUGUUGUCGUCUCGCUGUUGGGAGACGAUGAUGGGCGCGUGCGCGAUCACGCCGCGUCGCAGCUGGCACGGAUGACCCCGCACCUCUUCUUCCGCGCUGACUGGCCAAACCAGACCCCUGUGGAUGCCUUGAUGCACACAGAUGCUAUUCGCUACGUCAGCUUGGUGUCGGUCGAAGAUGUGAGUGCCGCCGAGCUCAUGUCCUGGCCGCAGCUCUCAUUCGCCUCCAACGCCCCGAGUAGCAGCGGGUCAAGCGGUGGCGGCGGCGCUGGUGCUGGUGGCGGUGGCGCAGCUGGAGGAGGCGCCAAUAGCGGAGGCACGGGAGGAAGCGGUGCCACUGGCGUCAACUCUGGAGCCGCCUUCCCUUCCUCGUCGCCGUUUGCCAACCCAUCUGUGCUUUCCUCCCUGUCGAGCGCACCGGCUGGCCAUUUCCCUGCAGACCACACAUACGCGGGAGCUCGUGCAAACUUGACCCGUGUGAUGCGCAUGUUGGUUGAGCGGCUCGUCGCAGCGCCUUCCCGGCACAUGCUGACCGGUCUGUACGUUGCCUUCCGUUGCUUUGCAGCGCAGCACGGAAACGCGUCGUUGGCCGAUUGGCUGUCUCUUGCGCCAGGUGUCGCUCGAGCCCCCGAGACCACUCGGUCAAUCACUGACUGCAUUGGCGACACUGUGCCGUUGGCCUUGGAUCACCUCUCGACAUCGUGGAUUGGACUCGAGUUGUCUGCGCACGCUGACGUGCUGUACGUCAUUGCGAAUCUCAUCCGCGAUGCCGACAUGGUUGCCAUCGCACCCUUUUGGCAAGCCAUCCUCGUGCACUCGCUGCGCAUCAUCAACAUGGCUGCGCACGUCAUCCGGGGCGUGCCUGCGUCUUCCUUCUCGGCCCCUGACUCGCUCAAGGUCAAGGAAAAAGAGCGCGACAAGGAGGAGAAGCGAGAGCGCAAAGACAAGGAAAAGCAAGCCAAGCGGAAGGAAAGCUUGCGCGAGACGGCCUUGCACCACUCGGCAACCGCAGUGUCAAACUCUGACGCGACUCAACCAUCGUCUGCAGUUCCAAGCACGCCUCCUCGCGUUCCGUACGCUGUUGGCGGCACGGCCUCGCCUCAUCACAUCCCGACCCCAGAUCUGGGCAACUCACCCAUGCAGCCUGUCACUGGGGCCCAUCGCCACGCCAAUGUUCACUUGCAGAGUGCAGUGAUGCAGUCGCGGUUUCAACAACAGAUGGCCCAAGAGCAGGAAGCGCAAGGCUUGCCCGCCAGCGGUCCACCUAAGCUGCAACACGGGCAGCAAGCUCAACAGCAUCAGCAGCAGCAGCAUCAACAACAACAGCAACACCUACCGCAACAACAACAACAACAUCAACAACAGUUCUUGUCGGGUGCUCUCGGCGACUUUGCACAUGUUGAUCAAUGCCUGCGCUUGUACGAAACAAUGUACAGCACCUUUGAGACGUCGCUGGUCACGCUGGACCUCAGCGCGCCGAACAAGUUUACGCAAAUCACUUGCGCUGCCCUGGAAACGCUUGCCGUGUUGGUUCGCGUGGUGGGCCGCGACCACGCUGCCGCGUACGCGGAAGAAAUCAUUCAGUAUCUCGAAACGGUCAUCACCGUCGAGCCUGCCGCCGUGCUGCUCUGCGUCCACGAGCUGCUGUGGUGUCUCUUUGGCGCAGACACGGCCAAGGUGCGGCCCAUUCCCUCUCUGUUUGUCGGCUCUGAAUCUGCGCUCGUGGCGCAGCUGAAUGAGCCAGCCACCGUCACACUCGACCCUAGGUCUGUGUUUUGCACCGUGUUUGAACUUCCAACCAAGGUUUUGAGCCAGUCGCUGGACGUUGCCCCUCCGCAGCGCCCAACGAUCGCGUCCUCCACGCCCUCGGUGGCAGCCACGGCUGCCACUUCAACAACCAAGGUCCGAACGACCUCCAGAGUCAAUCUGGUGCACGCAACGCACAAUGCGGCGCUCGAUGCUGCCACGUCUGCUGCGCCAACAGGAGCGGCCAAGCCUGCACCACACACUGGCAGGCCAUUGUCAGCCAUGCUCAACACGGCGGUGGCGGCCUCCACGGCGUCUCUGUCAGUGGGGUCGUCUCUCUCCCGACGCGGCUCGUCUGUCGGCGCUGAUUCUGCACCAGCUUCCCCGAGCGUGAGUCGAAACUCGUCGUUCAAUACCGGAACAUCCAGCGCGUUGUCUUCGCACGGAGCUGGUGCGAGCAUCUUUGACGGACCUCCGUCAUUUUUGGCAAAAACCCACGCGACUGGAUCGUCCAGCACGGUGGCAGCUGCCAUGUCGCCCAUUUCAGUCGCGCGAAUUGCGCUUCCCGUCGCCGGCACUGCCAUUCCCUUGACCUAUGGCCAGCAGCUGCCCAUCCGCCCGCCUGCCAAAGUUGAAAAGAGCGCCAUUCAAGGGCUGGUCCGCUUGUUUGAGCCCCUUGUCCUGACCGCCAUGAAUCAGUACUGGAGCACAAGCUCCGUCCCGCUGCAGCAAAGCAUCCUGUUCCUGCUUUGUCAAUUGGUCGAACUCCGGGUCAAUUACUCCCUUCUCGACAACGACAAUGCGUUUAUUCUGUUCAUUCUGAAGCAGUUUGACCACAUGUUGGCCGGCCGGUUGCGUGACGCCGAGUCUCUGCUGCCGUUCAUUUUCCAAUUCUUCCUGCUGCUGUCGCGCGACCAACCCUCUCUUCGCGACGUGAUGGACAUGAACAAGCUGAUGACCCUUGUCGAGCGGAGCACGGCUUGUGAUUUCCUCGACCUCGACCGCGCCCUGCUUGCAGUGCAGCCUCUCGUCCAAGAGCUCUUCUUGUCGCCAGGCGCUAUUCGCUAUGCGCACCAACAAGAGCAAGAGCGGCAACGAAAUAUGGCGCACACGGAUGGCACGUCAGCCCCGUCCUCCUCCUCCUCCUCCUCCGUUGGUCAGCAGGGCCCCGCUCAGCAGCGUUCGAGAAAAGAGGCAGAUUGGCUCGUCCAUCGCGAAAGCCUGUUGCGACUGCUGCUUCGUCAUGCAACCCGCACUCCGGCAUUGCGCAUGCUGACGCUGAUUCUCCGCGCGCUGCGAUCGUGCGACCUUGAUCGCUACGCCCGUGUCUCCAAGUCCAUCAUGGAGACGCUCCUGCCACCGUUGGCUCAGGGCAAGCUUCAGCUCGGCAAGCAAGCGCACCUUGUCAACUUUUGCAACCUCAUUGAUACCAUUUCGCCCACCGCGUUGAGGCCCGCGGCCUUGCUCCUGCGAGGGCUUUUCAAUGUCGUGUCGCUGAGCAAUCCGCUUUUGCAGCAGUCCUCAACGCCAGCCGCCUCGACAGAGUCGCCGAUCGCAAGCACGCUUCCUGGCCAUCUGGAUGCAACGUCGUCCGCGACCGCCCCAGUCCAUUCAGGGCAUGGUGCGUCUGCUUCCCAGUCCGUUCUUACCUGGAUUCCGCCAAUUCUCGGCCUGCUGCGCGCCAUAUGUCGUGCAGUGAGCUCUUCGACCUUGCAGCCGUUCGCCCUCGAGCAACUGGAUGUGACUCGCUACGCCAAAUCCUUCUUGUCGUCGAGCCCCGAGACUGCCACAACGGAAGACGUGCUGGUUGUCAUGGUUUUCGAUGUGAUUGGGCGCGUGGCUGGCCAGCUUGCGUCCGAAUUGAUUGUGUCUCGAUCCUCAUGCUGGCUGCUUGGCCAGUUGCUGCAGUACACGCUGUUCUUGCUCACAACGUCCGCGAUUGCCCCGCAGCUCCAGCGCUCGCUGCGGCAUCUCGACCCGCAGUGGGUCUACAUGGUCCACGGAUUGAUCUGCAGGCAAGGGCGACAUGAGCCGAUCGUUGUGCUGCACUGGUUCCAGCUGAUGGUUGUUUGUGGCUGGACCAACGCCGACGACCAGGGUGGCUUCUCGCUGGCCGCCUGGGAGUGGGUCUGCGGUACCGACGCCAAUGCGGUGGCCGAGAUUGUAAACGCCUCGGAGAGCGUACUCCAUCGUGCAGCCUUCCGCUUCUGGUACUCGCGGAUGGCCUCCGUCCUUCAAAGCCACCAGGUACUGCGAAAUCACCAAGAGUCAUCUGGCGCUGCUGCCGUUUGGCAGGCGUCAGCCACCCACAGUCACGAGCAGCAGCUCUCGGUCUCUCUGGUGCAGUCGCAGCUCGGCCAAAUUGUGUCCUCGUCUGCUUGGUGUCGCGAGCUUGUGCGCUUUUCCGACAUGCCCGAGGUCAAGGUCAUCCUGGCUGCCGUCCGAGAAAGCGCGUGGCUCUCUGUCACUUUUGUCAAGUCGCUUGCAGACACCACUGGCUCGUUCUCUGAGGCUGUGAUUGCAGCUGUCGGCGUGGCUCAGACGAAUCACUCUGCGUGGAGCAAAUCAAAUCCGUUUGCCGAGCUGGCCGCAGCCGAGGCGGAUGCCGUGGCCAAGGCUGCUGCCGAUGCCAGCGCCGCAACAAAGCGCUGGCCGCUGCACAUGACCUGCAGCCUCCGCGAUCUGCGCAUGUACAUUGACUGUCUUUCGCAACUCAAGCCCAGCGUUGAGCUGGCAGUCUUUGUGAUUGAUCAACUGGCCGCUUCGCACCAUCCCUACCUGCGCACUCGAUGCGCGCGUCUCCUUGAAGAGGUUGUCAAGACAGUGCGCGCAACCCGUUCUGUUGGCGAUGCAGACUAUCUGCAGCUUGUUGGCCUGGUCCAUGACAAACUGCUGCGUGCCAUGCAGCGCUCGCAGAUGGUGGCCACAUCUUACGCGUCGGUUCAAGGCCAGUUGGCCUCAAUGUCCGCGUCGGCAACUGCAAACGGCACCCCGCCCCAGGUCUCUCCGCUCCAACAGUCGCCCUCUUCUGAUACUCGCGCCAGGAGCGUUUCGGUACUCACCGCGUCGACCAUUCCAGUGGACUUGCCGCUGGCAAUUUCCGAUCUCGAUCGUGACCAGUUUGCCGAGCUCGUCCGGUGCAUUACCUCGCUUCCGCCCGCUGUGGGACCCAGCGACCGUGUCGUGCCAAACACGCUUCACCGUGUUGUCACCUUGCCGCUGGCCUCGCCUCGCACCGCUUGUCUGGCGCUGUCAGAGCUUGACUAUGCCACGUUGCUUGCGCUCAUGCAACACCCUCAGUUCCGCACCGAGCUGCUUGCCGAAUGCAUGCUGGUUGGAGCUGAUUCCGUCAUGAGUCGCUUUGCAGCGAUGGACAUGGGCUUUAACGAGUGGAGCGACUUGACGGCAACCGAAAAUGCCUCGCAGCUCUUCCGUAGCGAUCUGCUGCUUGCAGCGAUGGACGCCACGUUGCUCUUGAUUGAUCGGGUCGUGCAAAAGCUGCUCGCCGAUUCCGUCGAGUCCGACUCGCACGUGGCAUCUGCUGUCGCUCUUGCGGAGAGCGAGACGCAGUGGUCGCAUCUUGUCGACCUAUGCCAAGCCGCCACCAACGUUGUGCAGCAUGCCCUACCCGUGCUGACACCGUCCACGUUGCCCACUCCGCCCUUGCGGCCGCUGUCUCCGGCACAAGCUCAGUCGCUUGGCAUAUUUGGAACGAUUGUUCUCGAUGUGCUUGUGGAACGCUUGCGACGAGGGCUCGCCUCUCCUGGCCAGGCCACCAUCCUUAUCGAGUGUCACAGUACACUUUUGCGGCAUCCCUCAGUGCUGGCCUUCCUUGCCUCGCAUGAAGCGGCGCGUUGGGCUGCUGCUUCCAUGGAUGCCGCCUAUCUCUUGUACCACGCCUUGCUGCGGCAGGAGCGUGUCCCAUCGCGAACCCAUCCGCUCCUAAUUGCCUCCGCGCCGCCGUCCAUCGCAAAAGUGUCGACGUUCACCCCGCCCUCGAGCUCUGUGUCAGCAACCGCACCCGAGGGUCUGUUGAGCGCGCCGAACGAAGUCAACGCAACGCCCUCACCCACCUACCCAGUGCCGCUUUCCAGUGCCACAUCCUCGUCGAACUUUAUCGCAAACCAGCCAUUGCAGCGGAUGGCCCAACUCGUGUCGCUUUUGAGCAGCGCCUUGGAAAUUCCACCCGUGAUUCGCCACGGCAACGGCAUUCCUGAAUUGCACAAGCGUGUCUUGCAGCCAGUGUUUGUGCUGCAGUCCUUCCGCGAGCUUGUGAUGCGUUUGGCUCGCGUCGACUUGCCCAUGAUCCACGCGCAGUGCCUGGCCCUCACCCAGCGGCGACCGAUGGAUGGCGGCGAUGGCGACGAUGACGACGACAUGUACAGCAUUAUGGAUGGUGGCGUCGCCAUUCCCCGAACCAUUCUUGACACGGAGUUUUUGGAAGACUUUGACGUCCUGUUUAGCUUCUUGGAGCGUGUGGCCGCCUUGGGCUGGACGUCCCAGCGGCAGUAUGAAGAGGCGUGGGCGUCCCUGCUCAGUGUGCUGGGCUCCAGUCUACCGGACGAAGAGAUGAGCGCUGAGGCUGAGAGAGAAGGCGUCUUCACGACGUGUGUCGCCAUUCGCGGCUUGACAACCAUUCUGCUGCAAACUGCAACUCAGCCAACGCCGGGAGAUCCUUUGGGUGUUGUCAAGCACAUUCGCCGUGAUCGCAACAUGCCGUGGCUCCGCACCAAGGCUGGACGGAAGCUCCUUUUGGCGCGCAACUUGAUGGACAGCGACGCUCAGUGGCAUCCGCUGCGCGAGAGUGCCACCUCUGUGCCCUUCCCAGUCAAGCCUCUGGCCGUGCUGGUCGACAUGAAUGCAUCUGCCUUCCAUAGCAAUACGGAGCGUGUUCCAGGUGGCUUUGGCUCUGGUGCGUUAGGACUGUACUCGGGCCAGAUUGCUGCGAGCGUGCUUCGCGCCCGCUUCCACCGGACUGCUUCGUCUGCAGCCGCUGCUGUCGCAGGUGUCGGUCAGCACCCCAGUGGACCUGACGGAGUGCGAAGCGGCUAUGUUGCGGGUAGCAGCGUGGCGUACGCAGUGGACGCGCAGAUGACCUGGCCCGUUCCGGCGUGGCGUCCGUCCGAGUUUAACAUUGACGCAGCGCGCGCCGGUGACAAGCCCAUUGAUUUGUCAUCGUACAUGCGGAUUAUUCUGGAAUUGUUCGGACACCGCAUGCGGGGCGGUCCUGGUCGCUCGCUGCUUGUACUUAGCGAGGUGGUCAAGGCUGUUUUGCUCCUCAGCGACCUGUUCACGACGCGAAGCCAGUGGGAGUGGAUGCUCAACACGUUUGUCGAGUUUCACCAGUUGCAUCCCGCUGAAGAUGUCAUUGUCUUGCAGCACGUGGUGGUUGGUAUUUGCAAAGCGUUGGCAGUCUUGCGCGUGCCUUGGCUGCCUUCAGCAACCGUUCCACUGUCGUCUGCUGCCGGCGGUGCCAGCGGAGUGAGCAGUACCCCUGGUGGAUCUUCAACCUUGUUGAACGUGCCUGGCGCGCAGAGCUCGUCGGGACUAUCACGUUCUGCCAGCAGCGUGUCGACCCGCAGCAUCAGCAGCGCGGCCACUGAUGCCUCGUUGCUUUCGCGCACGCCUUCGUUGGCAUCCAAUCACAGUGCUGGUUCUGGUCGCUCCGUCUCAGCCGGCAACUACACGCCUCAGCAGCAGCAGCAGCAGCAGCAAGAUUUGGCCCACAUUCAUCUCGACACCGUUGUGCGCAUCGUUACGGAUGCACUCGCAUCAUCCCACGUUUGCAUGCAUAUGGCAGCGCUGAACGGCGUGCUCUACUUGCUCGAGGCCCGUGUGCGUCCGAUUGUCGUCGCCCUCAUCCCCAUCCUGUUUGAAUACUUGCUGAGUGCGCUUGCACGCUCGAUCGUUCCGCGCCACCAGCUGCUCAUCAUCUCGUGCAUUGUCGCAAUGAACGAGCAGGCGUCCAAAGAGUGCGAGGACAAUGAUUUCGUGACGCACAGUGUCACGGCGUUGCUCACCAUUGCGAUUGACGACGCGCACAAGUCAGACGUGGUCUUUGCUGCGGCCGUGAAUGGCCUUGAGCGUCUGUUUGUCUCGUACAAGCUGGGUGUCAAGGUGCGUGAGACGAUUGCAACGCUCUGCGCGGACAAGUCCAACAGCAGCAUGUUUUCGCGAGCCCAGCAUGCGCUAUUUGCAACACUGGCGGCCAUGUAUGUCGGAACCGACAAGAGCAGCACUGUCAUUGGUGACUAUGGGUCUGACAGCAACGACCGAGCCCCCGAGGUCGAGGUCUCGGAACCCGAGGAAGAACAGCUGCCCUCCAUUCAGGUCAUGGAGCGUGUGUCUGGAUUCCUCUCAAAGAUUCGCAAGGGCUUCCGUCACGAAGCGCGCGUCGUGUCGCGUGUUGUGCCCGUCCUGCUGAUUGACUUUUUGCCAACCCAGCAAAUCAUCUCCACGGUCAUGGGCGAGUUCCUCAGCAACCAGCAAGCCCAUCCCGAGCUCCUUGCGGGCAUUGUCUUUUCAGUGUUUUACCAGCUGCAGCUGCGGCGCCAGUACGACAGUGUCAAGAACUGGGUGCUUCUGUCGCUGCACAGCUUUACGCAAAAGGAGCCCCAGUCCCGCGCCCUCUGGAGCCUGACCUGUCUGUUUAUCAGCGUUUCUCAGAACAAGUGGAUUCGUGCGCUGUACCCGCUCGUUGUGAGUCGACCGGGCUUGGUAGACCACGAUGAUUUGCGCUUCUUUUACUCUGCCGCCCUGGACUUUUAUCUUCAUCAGGAUCUCAUUCCUUCCGAAAAGGCCCGAUUCAUGUCCGUGUUUGCGUCGUUCAAGGGCUCCUCGCCCUACGAGCAUCUCGUUCAGCUUUGCCAGCAGCAAGAGGCCUCUCCUUCCCCCGCGCUAUAAAACAGCAACACGCGUCGCCGAUCUCGUUGCUUUUGGUUUGUUUUUUCUCAUCCCUUUUUGUUUGCUUUGUAUGUUGUCAUUCUGUUUUUGAAACAAAAAAGUUCGUCA